AAUGUGCUGGAUAAGAAAAUGAAAAAGAAGAGUAAGUGCGUCUAUUGGUGGAAAGUUUGGCGGACUUUAUCCUACUCAGAGAAGCUUUGAAGCCCCGUGGUCUGAUUUCAGCUCAGUCUGACAAGUGACAGCCGCUGGAGUCUCUCUUCAACUGAUUUCCACUUUGUGUGACCAGAGAAACAGCAAUCAUGUCUUUGACAAAUGGCCACCGUGUGAGCAAAGAAACAUGGGAUUCUCACAACAAGAUGAUGCUGGAUCCCCUGUCCAUCAGCGACGCUGAGGUGUUUAAUAUCAUUAAAAAAGAGAAGCGCAGGCAGACGUACGGGCUGGAGCUCAUAGCGUCUGAGAACUUUGCCAGCAGAGCUGUUCUUGAGGCUCUGGGUUCCUGUAUGAACAACAAAUACUCUGAGGGAUAUCCUGGUCAGAGGUACUAUGGUGGUACAGAGCAUGUUGAUGAGCUGGAGAGACUCUGUCAGAAGAGGGCGUUGGAGGUCUUUGGUUUGGACUCAGACAAAUGGGGGGUCAAUGUGCAGCCAUACUCAGGUUCUCCUGCUAACUUUGCUGUCUACACGGCCAUUGUGGAGCCACAUGGAAGGAUCAUGGGACUGGACCUUCCCGAUGGAGGUCACCUGACACAUGGCUUCAUGACUGACAAGAAGAAAAUCUCAGCAACGUCCAUUUUCUUUGAAUCCAUGCCAUAUAAGGUGAACCCAGAAACUGGCUACAUUGACUAUGACAGACUGCAAGAAAACGCCCGGCUGUUCCACCCCAAACUCAUCAUUGCAGGAACAAGCUGCUAUUCCCGCAACCUUGACUACGCCCGCCUGAAGCAGAUCGCUAAUGAGAAUGGUGCAUAUCUGAUGGGAGACAUGGCUCACAUCAGUGGACUGGUGGCUGCUGGAGUGGUGCCCUCACCUUUUGAGCACUGUGACAUUGUUUCCACGACAACGCACAAGACGCUGCGUGGCUGCCGCGCUGGACUCAUCUUCUUUAGGAAAGGUGUGAGGAGCGUGGAUGCCAAAGGGAAGGAGAUUCUGUACAACUUGGAAUCCUUGAUCAAUCAGGCUGUGUUUCCAGGUUUACAGGGAGGACCACACAACCAUGCUAUUGCAGGUGUUGCUGUAGCUCUCAAACAAGCCAUGUCACCAGAAUUCAAAGCCUACCAGACGCAGGUUCUUGCUAACUGCAAAGCUCUCUCCAGUGCCCUUACUGACCAUGGCUACAAGAUUGUCACUGGUGGCUCUGACAACCAUCUGAUCCUGCUGGACCUGCGCAACAAAGGAACUGACGGAGGACGAGCUGAGAAGGUUCUGGAAGCCUGUGCCAUUGCUUGUAAUAAAAACACCUGUCCAGGAGAUAAGAGUGCUUUGCGCCCCAGCGGCCUGAGGUUUGGAUCCCCAGCUCUUACCUCCAGGGGCUUGGUGGAGGAUGACUUCAAGAAGGUGGCUGAGUUCAUUCACAGAGGUAUUGUGCUGACCUUGGAGGUGCAGGGAAGCCUUGAUCCCAAGGCUCCUCUGAAGGAGUUCAUUCAGGCUCUGGCUCAGGGAGAAAAGUUCCAGCAGCGAGUAGCAGACAUCAGGGUAGAGGUGGAGGCUUUCGCCGGUCAGUUCCCCAUGCCUGGCCUGCCUGAGCUGUAGACGGUGCCACUUUGGACGCUGAUAGCUUCUGAACAGAUGAUUGGAACAAAAUCCGUAUGUCUGUUUUGGUGGUGUGUUGUUUCAUGUAUAUAGUGGUUUUCAGUGUGUGUCAUCCUGACCUCACAACAGUUCAGUUUUAGCUUGGAACAGAUGUGUCUUAAUGAAACAACAGAAAGACUUUGCAGACUUAAUUAUCCCCCAGUUAUUGAGUGUUGCUACAGUGCCUUUGUUGGUAUUAUAUUGGUUUUGGUUCUCCACAGUCUUGAAUGUUACAAUCACUUUAAGCUUUAAUCUUGUCAAAAUCAUGUUUUUGUAUUCAAUUUAAAAUCCACAGUUACUGUACUGCAGACUGAAGCACAAAGCAUGACAUGAAGUUAUUCUGUAUUAUGCACUGUACAUACACAUUAUAAUAAAUACAAUUGGAUAAAUAAAACCUGUCAUUACAUUAAUUAAAGUCAUCAUAAUGAAUGGCACAACA